AUGAACGAUAACAGAAAGUUUUCUCUAUCAUCAAAUGGGAGAGUGCACGACAUGCCAACGCCGGCACCGCCUCCGCCGGCGUCUACCUGCCGCCUGCACCUCCACCCGGCGCUGCUCGCCACCGCGCCGGAGUCCCCCUCAUCCGCGCCAGCAGACCACACCCCGCAACCCGCGAGCGCACCCUCGUCACUCCUGCAGCCCAUCCCGCAGCAGCUCGCCUCCUGCCGGUCGACGCUCCCGCGCCUGAGUGACCGCCAACCAUCGCCGCUCGUCGCUCCGCCCGCCACCGUCGCGUCCCGUCUGGCCUGCAGCCCGCCCCGACUCGCGACGACCCGGCUCUGCUCUGCCCGCGAAGCCUACGCUGCUGCCAAGCCGCUCCACCAGCCUGACGAAGCCGCCACUGUGCCGAUCCGCGACGACCCCGACGCUGCUCCUGGUCCGUUCAUCGCCGAUCCGCCUGCGACAGCCCGACACCUUCUCUUGCUCGCUCGUCGCUGCAACCGCUCGGGUUUUCCUCUGCCGCACCGUGCCUCGCUUCACCCGCGACGCCUUUGCUCCGACACCCAGCAGAUCCGCUCCGAGCCGUUCCACCAGCCCGACGAAGUCACAGCCCGACGCCGAUCCUCCGCCGUUGCUGCCGAAUCGCCUCCGGAGCAGCCAUCGACUCCACCGAGCGCCGAUCCACCGCCGCACGCCUCUGCCUCUAGUCCGACUCCCGGCGGUCCCCUCUGCACCAGCAACGACGCCCUGCUCCGCGCGCACCUCAGACCGUCGUCAACGCCACAGCAACCGCCGGCGACUCUGAGCUGCUCCGCCCCCUUGCCCGCUGGUCGCUGCUGCUGA